UUUUAGCAAAGUGCCAAAACCAUUAUAAGUUUAAAUUUUCUCAACAAACAAAACAGCUCUCCUCUCCUCUUCUCUUCUUAAUUCCUUGUUAUCAUUUUCAUUAUCAUUCGGUCUCCUUAUUUCCUCCUUCUGAGGGUAAUUGAAAGACCGUACCACAAUGUCUUUCUAGUUUCUCCAGAAGCAAAAGUUUCCAGCAAUCAUCUCGAGGGCUGAGAAACAAUGGCUGCAAGAAGACUCAAAGGAAAAGACAGCAAAGCAGUUACCGCCAUAGCCAUUGAUAAAGAUAAGAACAGCCAACACGCUUUGAAAUGGGCUGUUGAGAAUAUCAUCAUCGAUUCUCCAAACUGUAUCCUUCUCCAUGUUCAAACCAAACUGAGAUUUGGGGCAGGAGAAAACACAGAAGCACCACAUGACAACCAAGAAGAGGCGCAUCAGUUCUUCCUUCCCUUUAGAGGAUUCUGUGCUCGGAAAGGGAUUAUAGCAACGGAGGUUCUUCUUCACGAUAUUGACAUCUCGAGUGCAAUUGUUGACUACAUCACCAACAAUUCCAUUUCAAAUAUAGUCAUUGGAGCCUCUGCUCGAAAUUCUUUCCUCAAGAAGUUUAAGAGCGUAGAUGUGCCAACGACUCUGCUUAAAACAACACCAGAUACAUGUGCUGUCUUCAUUGUGUCUAAAGGGAAGCUCUUAACAAGCAGAUCAGCGAGUCGGCCUCAGACACCUCAAGGUCCUCACACGCCUCAAGGUCCUCAGACACCUCAAGCUCCUCAACACCCUCCUCAUCCUUCAAAACAUCCCUCAAUGAUGUCUGAUCCUGGCCCAACAAGUUCCACUUCCAGUGAAUCCGGAAGGUCAUCUCCUGCAUUGAACGGAGAAUUAUCUCCACCUACACCUCAUUACAAGCCAUCUUUGUAUAGGAGUUCUAUGUCAGAGCUUAGUAAUGAAUUUCCCAGCGAUCACAGUGCUGAAUCAAAUGCUAGCUUCUACAGCAUCCUAGGACGAUCCACAUAUGGAGGAAGCUCACACUCUUCCAUGUCUGAGAUAACUGAUGGAGAGGAAAGCUUAUCUGGGGGCAAUAUCACUGAACACCAGAAUCAAAAUCUUGAAGCAGAAGUGAGAAGAUUGAGAUUCGAAUUGCAGCAGUUUAAUGCUUCCAUGUCCAGAGAAAGUGCCCCUCAUCUUCUAGGACCUAGAGCUACCGCCGAAACUGAAAGGCUGGAGGAAGCAAAGGCAGCAAGAGAGAUGCUUAGGGCAUUGUCUGAGAUGGACAAGCAAAAAACACAGACUGCGAUCCAAGCAACUGAAGUGGCACAACGUCUAGCGGAAAUAGAGACCCAGAAGAGACGACUUGUGGAGAUGCAAGCCAGGUUCAAGGAACAGAAUAUGGCCGAUAGUAUUUCCUACAGACGAUAUAGCAUCAGAGAUGUUGAAGGUGCUACCGACGGUUUUUCAGAUGCUCUAAAGAUUGGGGAAGGAGGGUAUGGACCUGUGUAUAAAGCCGUUCUUGAAAACACUUCUGUUGCCAUCAAACUCUUGAAGUCAGAUGUCUCACAAGGCCUGAAGCAGUUUAACCAAGAGAUCGAGGUUCUAAGUUGCAUGAGGCACCCUAACAUGGUGAUCCUCCUCGGUGCUUGUCCCGAAUAUGGCUGCCUGGUGUAUGAGUACAUGGAAAAUGGAACAUUAGAAGAUCGUCUCUUUUGCAAAGAUAAUACUCCACCACUAUCUUGGAGAGCACGGUUCAGAAUCGCUGCUGAGAUUGCUACAGGACUUCUUUUCCUUCAUCAGGCCAAACCCGAGCCGCUAGUACAUCGAGAUCUGAAGCCAGCAAACAUUCUGAUAGACAGACAUUUCACUAGCAAAAUCAGUGACGUUGGUUUAGCUCGGUUGGUACCUGCAGCUGUUGCUGAUAGCUUCUCCAACUAUCACAUGACUGCUGCAGCCGGUACAUUUUGUUACAUCGACCCCGAGUACCAGCAAACGGGAAUGCUUGGGGUGAAGUCUGACUUGUACUCAUUUGGUGUGGUGCUUCUGCAAAUCAUCACAGCGAUGCCAGCAAUGGGUUUAAGCCAUAGAGUAGAGAAAGCAAUUGAGAAGAAGAAACUCCGAGAAGUUUUGGAUCCAAAAAUAUCAGACUGGCCUGAAGAAGAGACAAUGGUGCUAGCUCAAUUGGCUUUGCAGUGCUGCGAGCUGCGGAAAAAGGACAGACCUGAUCUUGCUUCCGUUCUGUUGCCUGCACUGAGCAAGCUAAGAGAGUUUGCAACAGAGGAUCAUGAAGUACAUAACUCUGAUAGAACAUUUCAUGUGUCACGUGCUCACAAUUUGGUUCCUCUUUCCCCAAUAUCUUCCUGUCAGACAGAGGAUGAUGCUUGGGAAAAUCCUAUUGACAGAAAGAUUGGAACUUCGACGUAAAUCAAAGUGAAGCGACAUUGGCUAUCUCUGAGAUCCGCGAUAAACUUGUUCAGUUUAAGCAUCCGAUGCCAUCCCAUACCCACCACAAGAAGGUGAUUUACAUGAUCACAAACAAGCCAAUGCAAAGGAAGUUGUUGUCAGUCUCUCAUGAAUUGUACUCCACCCCAAAGUUGAAUGUUGAACUUCCAUUGUAUCGGAGUUCCUAUCUUGUUUAUCAAACACUUUAUUUUUGGUCUCAUGAAAAGAAACACAUUUAUUAUAGAAGAUUUGUAUCCUUCUUGCAAAAUCAACUCAUCUAGUCACUUUUGCUAUAGAGAAUGCCAUCUGUAGCACAUAAAAAACUUUUCUACGAAACUACAAACCGAAAUUUGAGAGUAUAGUCUUCUUUGAAUAAAAAAUGGUUUGACAGCAUU